UCCGUUGAUACUUUGAGACCGUCUUUUGUUCUCUGUUUAAUUUCUUAAUUAAUACACAGGCGCACACAACUGUAAAAUAAUAUCUUUUAUGAAGCAUUACAAUUACAGUUGAUAGAAAUAUCGCAGCAGAAUUGUUGGUUAGAAAUAUAUCACAAAAUUGAAAUCAAGAAAAAGCUUCAUAUGUUGCAAUGAGAGAUGAAAAAAAUUAUGGAAACUGAAUUUCAUGACAACCAAAUUAAAUGUAAAGAACAAUCCGAAAGGAUUAAUUUUUCUGAUGAGUUGAUGAAAGAGAAAGAAAAAACAUGUAAUAUCUUUAAAAAGUCAUUCUCUCCAAAAACAAACCUCAGUAACAAAACUAUUCAUGCUAGAAAGAAACCAUAUCACUGUGAUAUCUGUGGUAAGUCAUUCUCUCAAAAUGAUCACUUAACCACUCACAAACGUAUUCAUACAGGAGAGAAGCCAUUUCUCUGUAAUAUUUGUGGUAGAUCAUUCUCUCAAAUAAAUCACUUAACUAUACAUAAACGCAUUCAUACAGGAGAGAAGCCAUAUCUGUGUGAUAUCUGUGGUAAAUCAUUCUCUGGAAGUGGUGAGUUAACUUGUCACAAACGUAUUCAUACUGGAGAGAAGCCAUAUCACUGCAAUAUCUGCAAUAAAUCAUUCUCUCGAAGUGAUCAUUUAUCUAAGCACAAACGAAUUCAUACAGGAGAGAAACCACAUCAUUGUGACAUCUGUGGUAAAUCAUUCUGUCGAAGUGGUGAAUUAACUUCUCACAAACGUGUUCAUACAGGAGAGAAACCAUAUCACUGUGAUAUCUGUGGUAAGUCAUUCUCUCAUGGAAAAACUUUAACUAACCACAGACGCAUUCAUACUGGAGAGAAACCAUAUCACUGUGACAUUUGUGGUGAGUCAUUCUCUGAAAACGGUGACUUAACUAAACAUAAACGCAUUCAUACAGGUGAGAAGCCAUAUAACUGUGAUACCUGUGGUAAAUCAUUUUCUCAAAUAAAUCAUUUAACUAAACACAAACGCAUUCAUACAGGAGAGAGACCAUACCAUUGUGAUGUCUGUGGUAAAUCAUUCUCUCAAAAUAGUGUAUUAACUAAGCAUAAGCGCAUUCAUACAGGAGAAAAGCCAUAUUGCUGUGAAAUCUGUGGUAAAUCAUUUGCUGUAACAGGGAGUUUAGCUAAUCACAAAUACACCCAUACAGGAGAGAAGCCAUAUCACUGUGAUAUCUGUGGCAAAUCAUUCUCUCAUAGAAAUACCUUAACUACUCACAAACGUAUUCAUACUGGAGAAGAGCCCUAUGAGUGUAAUAUCUGUGGUAAAUCAUUCUCUGGAAAUAGUAACUUAAUUAUUCACAAACGUAUUCAUACAGGUGAGAAACCAUAUCACUGUGAUAUCUGUGGUAAAUCGUUUUCUCAGAUAAAUCAUUUAACUAAGCACAAACGCAUUCAUACUGGAGAAAAACCAUAUCAUUGUGAUAUUUGUGGUAAAUCAUUCCCUCGAAAUGGUGACUUAACAAUCCACAUGCGUGUUCAUACAGGAGAGAAACCAUAUCACUGCGAUAUUUGUGGAAAAUCAUUUUCUGGUAAAAGUGAUUUAACUAAACACAAGAGGAUUCAUACAGGUGAAAAGCCAUAUCCCUGUGAUAUUUGUGGCAAAUCAUUUUCUAGAAAUGGUUACCUAACUAUUCAUAAACGUAAUCAUAUGCAAAAUAAGUCCUACAUUUUGAUGGAACUAUUUAUUCCAUCUGCAAAAACAAUGGGGCCUUGUACUAAUAAUAUUACACCAAAUGGAGAAAGAAAGGGUGAAAUCCUUGAAAAUGCAAUUAAAUAUUUGUUAGAUGUAAAAUAUACAAAAGAAAAGAAGAAAGUUAUGGAAAAUGAAGUAUAUGAAUUAAGCAAGUAUAAAUGUAAAACAUCGUCUAAAAGAAUUGGUAUUUCUCGUGAUAUAAUGAAAGAGAAAAGAAAAACGUCUUAUCUCUGUGAUAUUUGUGGCAAACCAUUCUCUCAAAAAGGUAACCUCACCACUCACAAACGUAUACAUACAGGAGAAAAACCAUUCCACUGUGAUGGCUGUGGUAAAUCAUUCACUGCUGUAAGUCACUUAACUAUUCACAAAAGCAUUCAUACAGGAGAAAAACCACAUCACUGUGAUAUCUGUGGUGAAUCAUUCUCUCAAAUAAAUACCUUAACAAUACACAAACGUAUUCAUACAGGAGAAAAGCCAUAUGACUGUGAUAUCUGUAAUAAAUCAUUCUCUCAAAGUCAUCACUUAACUAAACACAAACGUAUUCAUACAGGAGAGAAACCAUAUCACUGUGAUAUUUGUGAUAAAUCGUUUUCUGCUAGUAGUGAUUUAACAAUACAUAAACGUAUUCAUACAGGGGAGAAACCAUAUCAUUGUGAUGUUUGCGGUAAGUCAUUUUCUCGAAAUGGUGUCUUAACUAAACACAGACGUAUUCAUACAGGAGAGAAACCAUACCACUGUGAUAUCUGUGGUAAAUCAUUUUCUGGAGGAAGCACCUUAACUAAACAUAGACGCGUUCAUACAGGAGAGAAACCAUAUCUCUGUGAUAUCUGUGGUAGAUCAUUCUCUCAAAAAUGUCACUUAACUACUCACAAUUACAUUCAUACAGGAGAGAGACCAUAUCGUUGUGAUAUCUGUGGUAAAUCAUUCACCCACAGAAGUCAUUUAGCUUCACAUGUAUGUAUUGAUGAAGAAGACUAAUUGUUGUGUCGCAUUCGCGUUGUGGUAAAUUCAAAACAACACGCGCCCUACUUAAUUUUUGAUCAUAUGAAUAUUCACGUUGGGGAUAACUAGUAAUUUUAUGAAUCCUAUAACUUUCAUGUUGGGUAAUCUGAUAAUUUUAGCAACGUGCAGCAUACAUACCCAACAUCAGAAAUUAAUCGCAGAAUCAUAAAAUGUACUCACAAAGGAAUGAAGAUAGAACUGUGGUCAUAACUUCCCAACAGUAUUUUAUAUAACGAUAACUAUACUUUGGCGUGGUGACUUCUUAAUUCGAUAUUUUAAACAAAAACAUUCUUUAAGAAUACUCGUGUGUGUAGCAUACUUCCAGAAUAGAGAAAAAAAUUUAAUAAACCAAAAUCCUUUCUGAUUUGCGUCUCGCAAGUUAUACGCAAUAAUGGAAUGUCUCUAAGUAUUUAGAAGGCAAUGUUUAUCUCCUGAUAUAAUGUAUAUAAUUCAAGGAGUGUGCAUUCCCCUAUUUUCAUUAUUUAUUUUCUGAUUUCCUUCUUUUUUAUCUGUAAAUUCUUUUUUUUAUAUAUAUAGAUGUAUACGUAAGACUUCCACUAAUAGUUUUAUGCAUGUCUGUAUGUAAAUGUUAGAGACUAGAAAAUUAAACAGAUAAAUACAUUCCCAUAAAUCAGAUAACAGCAUUGUGUUAGGAAUAAAUACACAAACCAUAAUAGAAAAUAUUUUAUUUACUAUAUUAGCAUAUCUGUAUUCUUUCACUAUAUUUGGGACGUUAUGCAUCCACUGCGUAUAUUUCGGUUUAGAUUUUAUCGUGAAUGUAUCCCGUUAACUGAAUAAUUUUGCUGUUACUUUAUACUUUUAUACUCUUUUACUUGUUUCAGUCAUUUGACUGUGGCCAUGCUGGAGCACCGCCUUUAGUCGAGCAAAUCGACCCCAGGACUUAUUCUUUGGAAGCCUAGUACUUAUUAUAUCGAUCUGGUUUGCCGAACCGCUAAGUCACGGGGACGCAAACACCAGCAUCGGUUGUCAAGUGAUGUUGGGGGGGGGGGCGUGGCAAACACAAACACACAUAUAUACGACGGGCUUCUUUCAGUUUCCAUCUACCAAAUCCACUCACAAGGCUUUGGUCGGCCCGAGGCUAUAGUUGAAGACACUUGCCCAAGAUGCCACGCAGUGGGACUGAACCCAGAACCAUAUGAUUUAUUUCUGAUUUGGUUAGGCUGAAUGUUAAGUUGCAUGUGUCAUUAUAACGGUAACCUUAUAAAGUGGAUGAUAUGAUUUGUAAGUUAUCCUUAUUCAAUGUCUCUGGCUCACCUCAUCUCUAUAUUUUUAAUUAACCUGUAGAUGGUUUAUUAUUUAAGUGUAAUCUUAUCAUUUUGUAUAUAGAAUAUCUCACUGAAACUUUUGCUGACAACCAUAAACAACAGAAUCCACAGUUCAACUACAUGAUAAAAGUUGCACAUUUUCCAAACAUCUUCAGUAACUAUUUGCCGUGAAGCUAUAAAAUUUGUUGAUAUUAUUUGACACUAAAUAGAGGUAAGCUUGUGAUGUAGCCGUUUGAUGAUACCCAAGCCAGAGUUUGAGGAAAGACAUGUUUCCUGAUCCCCAACAGCAUCUAUUUUUAAUUUCUUUAUAUUGAUUCUGGUAUUUUCGCCUGGCAAUGCAUAAGCUGUAUAUAAGUUGUUUUUUAUGGAAUGGAUAACUGAAUUGUUGCCAUUUUGUCUUGUUGACAUUAUGUAAAAGAUAAUUCCUGAAAUGUUAGCCAGUACUUUUUGGUCCCCUGACUAUUUGUAAGCAUUUCCCUCUUGGAGUAACUUUCCACAUUUUCUUUAACUCCACAAGGCAUGUGUUCUUUAAAACUUUCCUUUUCAGCCAAGCAUGAAAACACCUGCUCUAGAAAUCAUUCUUCCAUUACCUUCAAACUAUCCAUUCCAGUCUAGCCUCUUAACUUCAGUAAACUCUUCUUUCUUCGUGGUCAUGGAAACGGGCAACAGUAUGUCCCAUUCUCAAGAAAGGCAAUGUCUUUGACCUAAAUAACUAUCGGUCUAUUGUUCUUCUGAUAUCUGAAUAUGAUGCAAACUGUUGCAAAUAAUUAGAUUCCCCAAGCCUUUCACUCUUUUUCCAGUUGCCAACAGUACAGAUUUUGUAGGACUAUGUCUACUCAGGACAUGUAUAUUGCUACCUGCUUUUGUGUAUCAGUUGCCAGAGGUCCCUAGUCCUUCAGCCAUCUCUUUUAGAUUAUAAAUAUCUUGUCAGAUCAAGUAAUUUCAAAAUGGCAGUGUGCACUGAGUUUUCUCAAUGCACAGAAAGUUCAGAGAAAAACUCAGUGUGCACUUAGUUUUCUCUCCUACAACAUCAACUCUUGUGAAUCUGCUUGCUAUUACCUCUUCAAAUCUCUUUGAUUUUCAGCACUCAAGCAUCAUCCAUAUCAACUUAAAUCCAUCCACCAGCACUGCCUAAACUAAUACAAAUAACCAACAUGGAUACAUGAUGAAAACAUUUUUAAGUAAAUCAUCAACAUAUCCUAAUCUCUACAGGUGUAAACAAAGUGAAGGACUUUAUUAUUUAACUAUGUUAGGGUGAAACAAAUAUGAAAUUGUACUGAGGUCAAAUAUAUUGCAUUUAUUUCAUUCCAAUACAUCAUAACAAGAUUAUCAUUGUAACUAGAUAAAAUAAUUAGAGUCAGUUUUAUUGUCAUGUUAAAACAAUGGAGAGGAUUUGCAUUAUUGGUAGAAAUUAAUGAAAUAACAAGUAUUUAGGGCAGGGGUAUGCAAUAACCAUAAUACACUAUUGGUACUUAAAUCUCAGGUGAAUAGAAGGCCAAGUUGACUAUGGUGGAAAAAUAUUCUAUGUAAUAUUAUUAUUCUUACUAAGGCAGCAAGCUAGCAGGAUCAUUAGCACGCCGAGCGAAAUGCUUAGCAGCAUUUUAUCUGUCUUCAUGUUCUGAGUUCAAAUUCUGCCGAGGUUGACUUUGCCUCUCAUCCUUUCAGGGUUGAUAAAAUAAAUACCAGUUGAUUACUGAGGUUGAUGUAGUUGACUUGGCUCUUCCCCCAGAAUUGUUGGCCUUGUGACAAAAUAUGAAACUAAUAUUACUAUUCUUGCUUAUUCCAAUCAGAUGAGGAUCAAUGAUUAUACCAAGCAAUGUUAUUUCAUGAAGACAGUCUCAGUGAUACGUAAAUGGGUGUCUAAAUUCUUGUAUGUCUGUUGCUUAACAUUUUUGUUUCCAAUCUUCACCAAACUUUUAAAGAUUGUUCUUUUUAUGGGUAUCUAUUUUGGUCUAUAGAAACAAGAAAUCUCUGUUUCCAUAAAUCUCUUGAUUCUGCUAUACUAUCACUAUUGCCUUAAAAGUAAGCUGGAAACAACAACAUGCUUCAUCACCUGUAGUCUGUUUCUCUUCCCUGUGACCACCACUACAGUUUCUGCAGAGUUCAGUCUACCAGAAAAUUACAUUUCUAAACUCACUUGUAAUCUCCCAUCUUUCAAUCAGUUCUGGCCUGAGAAAUUUUGGUGAAGAUCAUCAUCAUUUUAACUUCCAACUUUUCUAUGCUUGCAAGAAUCAAACAGAUUUGUUGAGGCAAAUCUUCUGUAGCUGGAUGGCAUUUGCCUUCCUUUUGCUAUGCCUUUCCUGUUUCCAAGUAAGGAAAUAUUUCCCCAUGACCAGACAUGUUUUCACAAGAUUAGAAUGUCAAGGCAAGGAGAUAGUACCAUACACAUACACACACACAUAUAUAUAUAUAUACAUGUAUGAUGGACUUCUUUCAGUUUUCAUCUACUAGAUUCACUCAAGGCUUUAGUCAGCCAAGGGUUGUCCUAUAUUAUGAUGAUGUGUAUAUGGAUAGAUGAAGAGGGAACUGCCGUGAAGCCAGUCCUUAUAGCAGUAUUUGUGAAAGACUUAAAGGAAUUACAGAUAUGGAAGCAAAACCUAGAAUUGAGAUGCUUUGCGAGUAAACUUGGACACCAAAGUUUCUACUGAAGUACAAAAGAAGACAAGAUUUCACUGCCAUCAGGGUAAUGGUGGUGAUCAAUGUGCAGAAAAGUAGGAAGUUAAUACUGUGUACACAAUGUGAACUAUGGUUCCACAUAUGGCAGAUGUUCACAAGUAGUUUAGUAGUCAGCGACAAUAGUAAAAUAAAUUUCUUUUAGUACUUGGAAA